UGGUCAGUCAGUCCUCUGCUGUAAACAGACGGUGUUCAGGGACACAGCUCAACUCCGGCUGGAUCCGACCAGAACCUGGACAGACGACCAGAAACAACGAUGCACUAAGUGGGCAUCAUCAGGCAAAAAGGAGGGACCACUACAACCACUGCAUUUCCGUCAAAGUCAGACGACAAGUGCAUAGGUCCUCUUCCGUGUCCACAAUGACCACCCUCAAGGACGGUGACAUGAACACCUUCGGCCCAGAGCUGCCGGCCAUGUUUGAUGGCAUAAGGUUGGCAGCCGUGGCAACUGUCCUCUACAUCAUUGUGCGCUGUCUGAACCUGAAGAGUACCACGGCAUCACCGGAGAUCAUCUACCAGGAUACACUGCUGAGCCGCUACCUGUUCAAAACCUGCCCAAUGCUGACCAAAGAAUACAUUCCUCCCUUACUGUGGGGUAAGAGCGGACAUCUCCAGACGGCCCUGUAUGGCAAGAUGGGGCGUAUCAACACUCCAAAGCCCUGCGGGGUCCGCAAGUUCCUCCCAAUGCAGGACGGGGCCACAGCGUCCUUUGACCUCUUUGAAGCUCGUGGAGACCACAGCACAGGAGAUGACAUCACCAUGGUAAUCUGCCCUGGGAUUGGUAACCAUAGCGAGAAGAACUACAUACGGACCUUUGUGGAUUACUCCCAGCGGCAGGGUUACCGCUGCGCCGUCCUCAACCACCUGGGAGCCCUGCCCGACAUGGAGCUCACCUCGCCUCGCAUGUUCACCUACGGUUGUACCUGGGAGUAUGCGGCCAUGGUGGGCUACAUCAAACGAGCUUUUCCUGAGACGCUGCUGGUGGUCGUGGGCUUCAGUCUGGGGGGAAACAUCGUCUGUAAGUUCCUGGGUGAGAACCAAUCCAACCAGGACAGAGUGCUCUGCUGCGUCACCGUCUGUCAGGGUUACAGCGCCCUCAGGGCCCAGGAAACAUUCCUUCAGUGGGAUCAGUGCCGGAGGCUCUACAACUUUGUGUUGGCGGGCAACAUGAAGAAGCUCAUCCUGUCGCACAGGAGCAGUUUGCUUGGCCUGAGCUCCAGCAACAUUGGCGACGCCGACCUGGGCAGACUGUACGCGGCCACGUCUCUGAUGCAGAUCGACGACAGCAUCAUGAGGAAAUUCCACGGCUACAGCUCCUUAAAGGAGUACUACGAGAAGGAGAGCUGUGUGCACUACAUCCACAAAGUCACUGUGCCGCUCCUCCUGGUGAACUCCUCAGACGACCCGCUCGUCCAUCAGUCGCUACUGGAUAUUCCACGCACACUCGCAGAAAAGAUGCCCAAUGUGGUAUUCGCCCUGACUCAACACGGAGGCCACCUGGGCUUCUUUGAGGGAGCCGUGCUGUUCCCUCAACCCCUCACCUGGAUGGACAAGGUCAUAGUGGAGUACACCAACGCCAUCUGCCACUGGGAGAAGAACCUGCCGGCCUGCCAGAGGAGCGGCAACCGGGACUCGAACUCCUGCCUGCAGAGCACAGGGGUAACACUCAGUGGGUAACGAACUGUACAGAGAAGCAAGGAGACAAAACAAAAGCCCAAACCUACAAAAGCAUCUGUGCGCUUCUUGUAUUUGCUCCACUUCUGUACUAAUGGGAAAUGUAGGAAGUCCCAAACUGGAUUAGAAAAAGGCGGAGUUAAAGUGGAUACACCAAGUUGUAAACGGAAACUCUCAUAAGAUACCUGAAAAUGUAACAUGACCCCCCAUGGUGAAUUAGUCCUUCCUCUUGUUCCCAGUUAACCCCCAGCGUAACACGAGUUCACCCUCGGCUGGUUUUGGCAGCUGCUGCUUCUUGAGUCUGCAAAGCAGGAGGAUGAAUUAGUGGAGGGACGAGCGCACUGCAACCAGAGGAGGAGCGUGACCUUUCACCUGCACGUAGAAAGAGAAAACGUUCCUAGAUACUAAAUUAUUCAUAAGUUAGCACAACUAGAAUAACUUAAAUCUUUAUAGAAACUGGAAAUGUGUCAUAGUGUGAAGGACACAAUAUGAAGCCUUAAACCAUAGUUAACGUUAGAUACACCUGAAGACCCACCUCAGGUGCAUUUAUGUAAAAGGUUGUUCAGAAUUUAACUUGUAAAGUUCACAACCAGAUUUUAAGUGCCUUAAUAUAAAUAGUUUUCUGGUGUUGAGCUACCUCGAAGCAGCAGUAUGACGUGAUUUAUUGUUUACAGUGGGGAUUUCCAGCUGUUGCUCAACAGAACAUCUGCUGUGUUGAGUAAAAACUUUAAUUUCCUAA